AGUUCGAGCAGGUGUCAUGGCUGCCGCAACAGCUCCGUCAAGCGCAAUUCCUAUCCCGGGAGUAGGAGCAGCUGUUGACCUUGCUCUUAUUGUGGAGGAGGUCGUGCAAUACCGUAAGCUAUUUGGCCUUCCCGGCAAUGAUUCCGAGGAAUUUAAAAAAUUGGACGAAGCGUUGAAGGGAAGGCUGUUGAGAUAUAGCAUUAAAACUGCCAUGAAGUUGGCUGCUGAGAUAGCGAGUGAAUUGGCUCUCGAACUUGGUGUUGAAGAGGUUGUGAAAUAUAUUCCAAUUGCGGGAACAAUCCUAGCAUGCGCUAUAUCGGCUACCUUAACGUCGCGUUACCUCAUUCGUUGUAUUAACGAACUGGAAGAAGUAGCUUUACUGAUUAUGGACACUGAGACUGCUCGUGUAUACAGAUAACUGACAUGGACCAUUAUAGGUCAUUGCGUAUACCUAAGGCCUACCGUAUAUGAACAGGCUUUGUGAUUGGUUGAUUAUAUGACAAUAAAAGACAAUAAACUGUAGAAAUCAUAUUUCUAAAGAACAAGCCAAACAGGCUGAUCACUUUUGUUUCAGGUGACCAAUCGAAAAUGUGUUCAUAUUAGGUAUGGAUACUUAAUUUUUUGUAUCGCGGGUACUUCCUACACGAUUUAUUAAAUUCCCAGUCACUGAGUUUAAGUUAUAUAGUAAAUUAACUGAAAGGUUCAACAUGAAACAAGUAAACCAAUUAUUCAGUGCAUUUCUAAUUGCAUGCACAUCGCAUUUAUAGGGAUGCGGAAAAUUAAAUUCCGCCAAUUUAAGACUGGGGUUUUAAAAUAAGUAGCUAUAUAAGGUUAUAUAAUAGUAUUAAUUCACUGACAUGCCAUUACGAACUUGUCCACUUUGGUAGAUUUUUACAAAUUAGCAUAUAGUACGUAUUCUCACCGAUUUGGUAGACAGGGAACGGUAUGCGAUAAUUUUCUAGUUUAAUAAGUUAUUAUUGUAAGAAAAAUAAUAUCAAUACACAAUAAACUUUAUGGAUAAGACUGGAA